CCCUGUGGAGAUGUACGGAGCGUCCGGGAUCCCAGAGCUCAUCCCGGCCGGCGGGCCGCCUCGGCAGCCCGGCCCGGCCGGACAGUACAACCCGGGGCACCCCCAGGUCAACGGCCACGGGGGAGGACCCAAUCCCCAGAGACUGGGGCAGAGGGCGCCCAAACUGGGGCAGAUCGGCCGGUCCAAGAAAGUUGACUUGGAGGACGAAGACUUGGAUGACAUCAUGAACAAUAACGGACAGUGUUCAGUUUCCCUCUCACCUAUCUCCUAAACUUCACCGUGAAGUGCCAAAAAAAAAGAAAAAAAAAGAAUAAAUGGGAAAAAAAAGAAGACACGAAAAAUCCCCUGGGAUGUCAAACGUCCGCGAUCUUGGCCUCGAUCCUGUCAAGUGUCCUAAUGAAACCUCUGAUGACUCAACAUGGCACAAAAGUGGCUCCUUUAGCGCCAGCUGAGGCCUCGACCUUGAUUGUGUAUAUAGUGUUUAUUUAAUUCACCUUUGGUCAGACUGUGAACGAAUCGCACUGCAGCGCCCUCUAUACCUCGGUAGGCAGUAGACUCAGCUCUUUAGAAAGCUUUAGACGUGUCUGUAUUUCUCAGAGCGCCUUAACAAGGGCUACAUAUCCAAGGCUGCACAGAGGAAGUGGUUUGAGGGUGAGCAUCCCCUGCCCGGAUGCUGUCGGGGGGGUCACUGAUUGUCUCUUGGCUGGUUGUGUGCGCCAACACAAUGCUGUUAACGUGUCCCGCACAGGUGAAAAGUUAAGCUUUCGGUCGUGCAAUGACUAUCAUUCUCUACUCCCACUGAUGCAAGUGGUGUACUACUAUUCAGUGGAUGAACGCUCGCUAUUUACAAGAAAAGAUACUGCUAAUUAUUUAUUGUUUAAAGAGAUAAGACACUUUGUCGUGUUGUUAUGGCUUCUGUGUGUUUUUUACUCGUUUCUGAAUGGGUAUUGCUUCAGUCAUCUAUAACUGAGACUUCUGUUUCCACAUGGUGCACUUUGUGGGAUCGCCUGUUAUGUGCAGUGACAUGUUGCAGAGUUCUAUGCAUGGAGUCUGUUCAAGCAUCCAGACACGUAACCGGUAUCCUGUUCUUAAGGGCUAUGUUCUGUAGUAGUAUUUCUGACCACGGCGCCGCUGCGCUCUCUCCCCAUUUUUGCCGCGUCAGCGUUUCCCUGCGCUCGUCGGGAAAACGUGAACGGCAGCAGACUCACGGAGGCCUCGUUUGAUUUUUAAAGGUCAGGUUUCCCCUGUACGUCAAAGGCAUUGAUUAAAAAUAAUUGCCAAAUGAUAUUUAAUGUCAGAUGCUCACGGAAACAGAUUCUGAUCAGCACACAAACAGCACUUACUUUGUAUUAAUAUUUAUUUGCUCAGCUGGUGUUGUAGCGUCUUUUGGCUUGAAGCUGACUAUUUAAGGAUGAUUUUGACUUUUAUAAUUACAGUAUGAGACAAUGGAAGUAAGCAGUCUAUGAUUAGCCGUCACUGCUCAGACAAUCUCAAUCUGUUGUUUUUUUUUUUUUUUACAACUUCACUGGACCUUGAAAUGACAUGUUAUUGUCUAGAGGCUCAAGCUGAUGUCAUGUUAUUUGGCUGUGAAAUUGUUCGUAGUUGACAGUUUUUUUUGGCGUCAUGGAAACACUGCAUUUCACAGCUCACUGAAUCAAAGAUUGUUGUUGAGUUGUGGUUACCAUGUGCAUGGAAAUGGUUGACUUUUCAUAAUGCAUCUUGGGAAAUAAACGAUUAAUCUUU